AUGGCAAGGCUCACUGAUGAUGCCGACUACGAUGCCGGCGAAACGUCUGAGAAUGUAUCAAGUCCAAGAAUGGCAAAACUCACUGAUGAUGCCGACUACGAUGCCGGCGAAACGUUUGAGAAUGUAUCAAGUCCACAGUCAGAUGCUAGGAAUCAAGACAACUACUAUGGCAGACGACUUCGGACUCGGUGCGUUCUACAUAGUCUUCUUGGAUGCUGCAAAUUGCCGACUACGAUGCCGGCGAAACGUUUGAGAAUGUAUCAAGUCCACUGUCAGAUGCUGGGAAUCAAGACUACUAUGGCAGACGACUUCAGACUUGGUGCGUUCUACAUAGUCUCCCUGAACACAAGACCAAGUUGCGGCAACGAGUCUGUAAUUGUGAUUGAACUAGAAAUUGAAUAUUAUCCUAGCAUAGGUCUUCUUUCUGAACAAUUUCUUUUUGAGCGUCCCAUUAUAGCGAAUCACUUCAACGUUCAGGAACGGAAACCACUCACCUUCCUCUGCUCCCAUCGUGAAUUGAAUUUUUUCAUCAAUCUGCUCCUUUAUCUGCCUGAAGGACGUUUCCAGGGUUUUGCGUAUCACGCCAAAUCUGUUCCUGUGUACCAGAUAUCUGAGGAUGGUGAAAAUGUGGAAAAAGAAACGUGGCUCAACGAUAACGAUAUGUUCGCCAAGGACGAAAUUCUAGCUGCAGUCUUUAGUGCAAGACGUCUCGGACCAUCCAAAUCGGAAUCAGAAACUCCAUCAUUCGCCUAUCAGAAACAACGGUAA